GGACAUCAAGAGAGUAAACUCGGACAAUAACUUUCCACUUUCCACAACGAUAUUUUUUACUAUUACUAUUUACUUUCUCGUGUCUGCUACAAAGUGCUUGUGGAACCGCAGCAUUGUUCCUAUUUAACCACUCGACUAAGGUUGCGCCGAAGCCAGAAAAAAAGGAGUUGUCAUCAUGGUGCUAAUGAUACUGCCAUUCAUUGGAUCAGUGUCCGUAUCUGAGGGUUUGGUGGCCAUAACAGUGUUGUGUCUGGUCUACCUGGCUCUCAGAUUUUUUCAUACUGAGAUUCCUGAGGGGCUUCGUCGACUGCCUGGACCAAAGCCCUUUCCUCUCAUCGGGAAUGUGCUGGAGGUGGGCAGCAAACCUUACUUGAGUCUCACUGCCAUGAGCAAGCGUUAUGGUGAUGUCUUCCAGAUCCAGAUUGGCAUGCGUCCCGUAAUUGUGCUGAGUGGCAGUGACACAGUUCGACAGGCUCUCAUCAAGCAGGGGGAAGAGUUUGCAGGCAGACCUGACCUGUACAGCUUUAGGUUCAUCAACGAUGGCAAGAGUCUGGCCUUCAGUACAGACCAGGCCGGCGUCUGGCGUGCUCGCAGGAAGCUGGCCUACAGUGCCCUUCGCUCCUUCUCCAGCCUGGACGGCACAACCCCAGAGUACUCCUGCAUGCUGGAAGAACACAUUUGUAAAGAGGGAGAAUAUCUGAUCAAACAGCUCAACAAUGUCAUGAAGGCUGACGGCAGCUUCGACCCCUUCCGACACAUUGUUGUCUCUGUUGCUAAUGUGAUCUGUGGAAUGUGCUUUGGCCGACGCUAUGACCACAAUGACCAGGAGCUUCUCAGCUUGGUGAACCUUAGUGACGAAUUUGGUCGGGUGGUGGGCAGCGGUAACCCUGCAGACUUCAUCCCUGUUCUUCAAUACCUGCCCAGCUCAACAAUGAAGUCUUUCAUGAGUAUCAAUGCCCGUUUCAGUGCAUUUGUGCAAAAGAUCGUCAUUGAGCACUAUGCCACCUACAACAAGGACAACAUUCGUGACAUCACUGAUUCCCUCAUUGAUCACUGUGAGGACAGGAAGCUGGAUGAGAACUCCAAUGUCCAGAUGUCAGAUGAGAAGAUUGUAGGAAUUGUCAAUGACCUGUUUGGAGCUGGUUUUGACACCAUCUCCACUGCCCUGUCUUGGUCAGUGAUGUACUUGGUGGCUCACCCAGAGAUGCAGGAAAGGCUUCAUCAAGAACUGAAGGACGCAGUGGGUCUGGAUCGCACUCCUCGUCUCUCUGACAGACCCAACUUACCCUUUCUGGAUGCUUUCAUCCUGGAGCUCUUUCGACAUUCUUCAUUCCUGCCCUUCACCAUCCCUCACUGCACAUCAAAAAACACAUCGCUAAAUGGAUACUUCAUUCCCAAAGACACAUGUGUCUUCAUCAAUCAGUGGCAGAUGAACCAUGAUCCAGAGAUUUGGAAAGAUCCAUCUUCCUUCAACCCAGAUCGCUUCCUGAGUGCUGAUGGCACUGCUGUCAACAAGAUGGAAGGGGAGAAGGUAAUGCUAUUUGGCAUGGGAAAGCGCCGCUGCAUCGGCGAGGUCAUUGCACGAAAUGAAGUCUACCUCUUCUUGGCAAUCCUCGCCCAGAAGUUGCAAUUCCAGGCAAAGCCUGGACAGCCACUGGACAUGACACCAGAAUACGGCCUCACAAUGAAGCACAAACGCUGCCACCUGAGAGCCACAAUGCGAGUGAGAAAUAAGCAGUGAAGCUAUUCAGAAUGUACAAUGUAUGACUCACUAAAGUGGUAUAAGUUGACUCUAACAAUGCAAGAGUCAGUGAAAGAAGCAUCUUUCUUAGAAUGUAAGGCACCGGAUGCCUAAUUUGAUUCACAGACGUAAUGGCAUUGAAGCAAAUCAGUGAAUGUUGCUCGUUGCGGAUUGUCAGAGAUGACUAUGUCUGUGUGAACAUAUCUCUGUCAUGUUUUUGAUUCUUUAUGAGAUCUUCCUGCACAUGAUCAGUGCUUCUUAGUGAAGUAUGAGAGAGAUACUUGGUUCUCCUGUGUUGUGUAGUAAACUAAACUGUUCCCAUUAAGAAGUUAUAAAUUACCAUGUUCAUCUUUGGGGCAAACAGUAUGUUUUACUGGAUAGGCAUUAUGAUUUAGACCACUGCAAUAUAUUUUUCUUCUGUGACACAGGACUCAGAACUGAACAGAUAAUACAUUUUGAUACCAUUUAUACUUGUAAGGUAAAUAUUUUUAUUCCAUAAUAUAAUGUGGAUGUAAGACACUGAAGCUAUAUUUGUAUCCCAAAAUGUGAUUUUGUGUGUAUAUAUCAAGUUCUUUGUAUUUUUUAAAGCCAUUUUCAUGUGCCUAGCGUUUGUAUAUAUCUGAGGUGAAAUAGUUUUGCUGUUUAUUUGCAUGGAAUAUAAACGCACGAAAAAAAAAAAGAGCUCCAGUGAGUUUUUGGAAUAUAUUGGAAGGCUAUACAAUUUUGUAUUUCUAUAUGUAAUGUAUAAAUGAUUGUAUAACAUGUACGGGUGUGUGAUCGGUGCAUCCUUUAAUCAGCCACACAAAUAAAAUUAAAUAUGCUGUA